GGCGACGGCGCGGGCGUUCCCAGAAGCCUGUGCGCGCCGUUCGCUUCCGGCGGGCCUUCCUAGCGAGCGCGUGCGCGGCUGCCCGCGGUCGAACCAUGGCGCUUCACGUCCCCAAGGCCCCGGGCUUUGCCCAGAUGCUCAAGGAGGGAGCUAAACAUUUUUCAGGAUUAGAAGAGGCUGUGUAUAGAAAUAUUCAAGCUUGCAAGGAGCUUUCCCAGACUACUCGUACUGCCUAUGGACCCAAUGGAAUGAACAAAAUGGUUAUAAAUCAUCUGGAGAAAUUGUUUGUGACAAAUGAUGCAGCAACUAUUUUAAGAGAGCUGGAAGUACAGCAUCCUGCUGCCAAGAUGAUUGUAAUGGCUUCUCAUAUGCAAGAACAAGAGGUUGGAGACGGGACGAACUUUGUUCUGGUAUUUGCUGGAGCUCUUCUGGAAUUAGCUGAAGAACUUCUGAGGAUUGGCUUGUCAGUUUCAGAAGUCAUAGAGGGUUAUGAAAUAGCCUGCAGAAAAGCCCAUGAAAUUCUUCCCGAUUUAGUAUGUUGUUCUGCAAAAAACCUUCGGGAUGCUGAUGAAGUGUCAUCUCUGCUUCGUACCUCCAUAAUGAGUAAACAGUAUGGCAACGAAGCAUUUUUGGCCAAGCUUAUUGCUCAGGCAUGUGUAUCUAUUUUUCCUGAUUCUGGCAAUUUCAAUGUUGAUAACAUCAGAGUGUGUAAAAUUCUGGGCUCUGGUAUCUAUUCCUCUUCAGUAUUGCAUGGUAUGGUUUUUAAGAAGGAAACUGAAGGUGAUGUAACAUCUGUCAAAGAUGCAAAAAUAGCAGUGUACUCUUGUCCUUUUGAUGGUAUGAUAACAGAGACUAAGGGAACGGUAUUAAUAAAGACUGCUGAAGAAUUGAUGAAUUUUAGUAAAGGGGAAGAAAAUCUCAUGGAUGCACAAGUCAAAGCUAUCGCAGAUACUGGUGCAAAUGUCAUAGUAACAGGUGGCAAAGUCGCUGAUAUGGCUCUCCAUUAUGCAAAUAAAUAUAAUAUCAUGUUGGUGAGGCUUAACUCAAAGUGGGAUCUCCGAAGACUGUGUAAAACAGUUGGUGCAACAGCUCUUCCUAGAUUGACUCCUCCUGUCCUUGAAGAAAUGGGACAUUGUGACAGUGUUUACCUCUCAGAAGUUGGAGAUACACAGGUGGUGGUUUUUAAACAUGAAAAAGAAGAUGGUGCCAUUUCUACCUUAGUUCUUCGAGGUUCUACAGACAAUCUGAUGGAUGAUAUUGAAAGAGCAGUGGAUGAUGGUGUAAAUACUUUCAAAGUUCUCACAAGGGAUAAACGUCUUGUACCUGGAGGUGGAGCAACAGAAAUUGAAUUGGCCAAACAAAUAACAUCAUAUGGAGAGACAUGUCCUGGACUUGAACAAUAUGCCAUUAAGAAGUUUGCUGAAGCAUUUGAAGCUAUUCCACGGGCCCUGGCAGAAAACUCUGGAGUUAAGGCCAAUGAAGUCAUCUCUAAACUUUAUGCCGUGCACCAAGAAGGAAAUAAAAAUGUUGGAAUAGAUAUUGAGGCUGAAGUUCCGGCUGUAAAAGACAUGUUGGAAGCUGGGAUCUUAGAUACUUACCUGGGCAAAUACUGGGCUAUUAAAUUGGCCACUAAUGCUGCAGUCACUGUACUUAGAGUGGAUCAGAUCAUCAUGGCAAAACCAGCUGGUGGGCCCAAGCCUCCAAGUGGGAAGAAAGAUUGGGAUGAUGACCAAAAUGAUUGAAUGGCUUCAUUUUUACUGUAGGUGAACGUUAUAAUCGUAGUGUAGGAAUUGCCUGUUUUCUUACCUUAAAUUAAGAAAUGUUGUGUUUAUAUCCUCAGCUGAAUAAACGUUACAAUUAAAGCCUUA